GUGAUCUUUCCACUGCACUCUUGCUCAGACUGUUUGGAGUUACAGAGAGAGGGAGAAAGAGAGUCUUUAACAUUGUCUGCUAAAGUGUGUUAGUCUUUCAUUAUCGUGGGCAAACAGUGCAGUGGAUUUAUUAUGAGAGAGUCAUGUCUACAAGGGCAGGCAAUGCUGGCCCUUCAGGCUGAAAACUGGUUAGUGUGAUUCUGCAGUCUGAGCCCUAUAUCUAAUAAAAACAAACAUGAAUGACAGCGUGGAGAAUCUGGACACCAGGGAGCUGGGCUUCUCAGAUGCUGAGGAUGAACCCGAAGAAGUGGACUGCAAUGAUUUCAACACCUCAGGAGAUUUCCGGAUCCCGUUCUCAGCUGUGUACAAGACUGUUGGCUUUAAAGAGACUGACGCUCAGGUGUACCUGACCAAUGUCCCCAUAACUGCUAAGAUCCUAGAGGUGGAACGCUUCACCAUGACCCCGGACCGCUUUAAGAUCACCAAAAACAGGAGCGUGUCCAAGGCAAUGCCAGCUGUUUUUAAAAUAGAGCUGAAGCAUGGGAACUUCACCUGGACGGUGAAGCGAAAAGAGAAACAUUUUUUGGAGCUGCACAGGGAACUUCUGCGUUACAAGACCCUCAUGAGGAUCCCGCUGCCCACACGCAGUCAUACAGAGAGAAGGAAGAGUAUCAAGAGGAGCGAGGUGAGGCAGAUGCCCAUGCUUCCUCGUGGGGGCAGAGACGAGCUGGUACGAGAAGAGCAAGUGUCAAGCAGGAGGAAACAACUAGAAGACUACCUAAACAAGCUGCUAAAGAUGACAAUGUACAGAAAAUACUAUGCAACAAUGGAGUUUAUUGAUGUGAGCCAGUUGUCCUUCAUUCAGGAUUUGGGCCCUAAAGGCUUAGAAGGCAUUGUAUAUAAAAGGUCUGGAGGUCACCGAAUCCCAGGCAUGAACUGCUGUGGCCACAAUGAAAUCUGUUAUCGCUGGUCAAAGAGAUGGCUUAUUGUGAAGGACUCUUUUUUGGUGUAUAUGAAGCCAGACACCGGUGCUAUUUCAUUUGUCCUACUGGUAGACAAUGAGUUCAGCAUCAAUAUGGACUCCAAACACACAGAGACCAAACAUGGAGUGGGCAUAGAAAACCUGUCUAGGAAACUGGUGUUAAAAUUCACCAGUUACAGACAUGCCCGGUGGUGGGGUCAGGCCAUUGAAAGCUUUGUCCGGAAUCACGGCAAUGCCUUUUUAAGGACCCACCGAUUUGGGUCUUUUGCCCGAGAGGAGAAAGACAUACCCUCUAAAUGGUAUGUGAAUGGAAAAACUUACAUGGAGGAUGUUGCUAAUGCACUGGAAGAGGCCAAAGAGGAAAUCUUCAUUACAGACUGGUGGUUGAGCCCUGAGAUCUUCCUGAAGAGACCUGUGAUGGAGGGCAAUCGCUGGAGGCUAGACUGCAUUUUGAAACGCAAGGCUCAACAAGGGGUGAGAAUCUUUGUUAUGCUCUAUAAGGAAGUAGAGCUGGCACUCGGCAUCAAUAGCGAAUACAGCAAAAGAACGCUGAUGCACCUUCACGCUAACAUCAAGGUGAUGAGACACCCUGAUCACGUGUCAUCCUCUGUCUACUUAUGGGCACAUCACGAGAAGAUUGUGGUGAUUGACCAAUCGGUUGCUUUUGUGGGAGGGAUUGACCUUGCGUACGGUCGUUGGGAUGAUUGUGAGCACCGGUUGACAGAUGUGGGCAGCGUCACGCGUUCUGUUACCCAGGCGAUCGAAGAGGCUUCAAAUUCAUCCACACCCAAGAAAAAAGUUUCCUCCAGUGGAAAUGGAAGCCGCUCAAUGGUUGGUGACUCGGUGGACCUGCCCAAACUGAAAGGCAUUGGUCGUACUCGCAGGGCACGUUUUAGCCUGUACCAUCAUCUCCAGCGUGGUCUUCAUCAUACCGACAGUAUCAGCAGCAUCGAUAGCUCAAACAAAAGUGGCUCAGUGCACAGUCUUCAAACAGGAGUGGGGGAACUGAUAGGGAACACGCGCUUCUGGCAUGGCAAAGACUACUGCAACUUUGUUUACAAAGACUGGGUUCAGCUGGAUAAGCCUUUUGACGAUUUUAUUGACAGGUAUACAACACCCAGAAUGCCCUGGCACGACAUCGCCUCAGUGGUGCACGGGAACGCGGCCAGAGAUGUGGCCAGGCACUUUAUACAGCGCUGGAACUUUACCAAGAUAAUGAAGCCGAAGUACAGAUCGCUUUCAUACCCCUUCCUGCUGCCUAAAUCACACAGCACAGGCACUGAUAUCAAAUACCAAGUGCCAGACUGUGUCCAAACUAAAGUUCAGGUUUUAAGGUCAGCAGCAGACUGGUCUGCAGGAAUCAAACACCACGAGGAAUCCAUUCAUAAUGCCUACAUUCAGGUCAUUGCCAAGAGCAAGCACUUCAUUUACAUUGAGAACCAGUUUUUCAUUAGCUGCUCAGAUAACAAACUUGUUUACAACAGGAUUGGCGAUGCCAUUAUUGAGAGGAUCAUCAGAGCUCACAAAGACAAUAAAAAGUUUCGUGUGUAUGUGGUUACUCCUCUGCUGCCGGGUUUUGAGGGAGACAUCACUACAGGCGGAGGAAAUGCACUCCAGGCUGUCAUGCAUUUCAAUUACAGGACCAUGAACAGGGGAGACCACUCCAUAAUCUCCCAACUGAAGAAAGAAAUGGAUAACCAGUGGAUGAAUUACAUCUCAUUUUGUAGUCUGAGAACUCAUGCUGAGCUGGAAGGCAGACUUGUUUCUGAACUCAUCUACGUUCAUAGCAAGCUGCUUAUCGCUGAUGACAACACGGUCAUUAUUGGCUCUGCCAACAUCAAUGAUCGCAGCAUGCUAGGUAAAAGGGACAGUGAGGUUGCUGUUAUUUUUGAGGACUCGGAAACGGUGCCAUCAGUGAUGGAUGGACAAGAGUACAAGGCUGGGAAGUUUGCUCUGCAGCUCAGACUGGAGUGCUUCAAGACCAUUCUAGGUGCCUUUACCGAUCCAACCAUUGAGGUGAAUGACCCCAUCAGUGACCGAUUCUACAAAGACGUGUGGAUGACCGUCUCAGGUCGGAACGCCACCAUCUAUGAGAAGGUUUUCCACUGUCUGCCCUCCAGCCUGGUGCGGAACAAACAAGAGCUUUUGAGUUUUCAAUCCAAAUCUGGUCUCGACAAAGAGGACCCCGUUAAAGCUCAGGAGCUCCUGAAGAAAAUCAGGGGCUUCCUGGUCCAGUUUCCACUGGAUUUCCUCUGUGAGGAGAACCUCAUGCCCUCUGUCGGCACCAAAGAAGCUAUGGUACCCACUGAGAUCUGGACCUAAUACUGCCAAAUGAGAACCACAGCAAAGACAAUCUACGAAUUCAAAUAUACCAGUCCGGAAGACAGUCAGUAUCUUGGGUUAUGAAGCUCCACACAGGCCGAAAAGAAGGAGCGAAGGAUAAGUCUGUCCUGUGUCACUCAUGAAAGAGACUUUGUGUUGUUUUGUAUCUAUUAUCAAUGUUAUAAAUGUACAUAUAGUCAACAUAAUAUUUUAUAAGCACAUUGAUUACAAGCACAUUUCUGUGGUUUUCCUUUAAUGUGUAAAUGUAAGUUUCUCUUCAAGAUGCCAAAUCAGAAGAGCCUUUUAAAUAAAUAAUAGCAAUGCAAUUAUAUCUCAUAUUCAUCAUGUCCUUUUGUGAGAAUGUAUCACUUUUUCAUUGGUGCACUAUUAGAAUUGUUAAUCUGAAUGACAACAAAUAUCAUCUGGACCAUAUUUCAUGAAGACAUGUCUAGUACCAUUUCAUAGCCGGCAUGUUUAGUCUCUGAAUUUGACAUAAGGUGCAGUUAUCCCUGAUUUCGAGAGGUCUUUUCAAGUCUGUUUUAAUGCAUUUGUAUAGCAGUUUGCACUAAAUAAAUGCUUAAAACAGUAUUGUUAAUGA